AUGGUUGCUUCCUCUCCUCUCCCAUUAACUGCAAAUAUGGGUUGUGCAUCGUGUCGGCAACUUCAUGCUGAUAUAAAGGACUGUGUUGCCCAGCUCUCUGAUAAGCUGGACCAAUUACGUGUGCGGGUUGAAACAUUAUUUGCGCUAAGGCAACCUGGAUACGGAGUUGACGUGGCGGUGAGCGCUGAAGGCGAAAAAAGUACGGCUGAGAGAUCGAUAACUCUGAAAGAUGAAGUGGUCUCGGAAUGUGGAACAGAGGAAAAAGAGACACCAUCGCCUUCACUGCUUGAAAAUAGUGAUACAACAAUAGGAAACGCUGAAAGUGAGGCGACACCAACAGAUAAUCACAAUCAUGCAUUGAGCGGUAGCAGGAAACGCAAACCAAACAGGGAAGCAGUACAUAGAGUAGAGAAAAUUAAUAGCAGUAACAAUUUGCUUACUCAGAACCUGGAUUCAGUUGUAAAUGAAAAACCAAUAGAAGCAGCAGUGAAGACGGAUGGUUUCAUCUAUCCAGCAGCAGCACUUUUUGAUUCUUUUUCAUUGGCCGCAAAUUUAAUGGCCACUGGUGGAACUAACGCAGCGGCGCAACAAAACAUCCUUUCAAUGUUGUGCCAGCAACCAGCCACAGCCCAUCCUCCUCCAUCGUCUACGCCAAAUAGCACAGAAGACGGCGUGAAUGACCUCGUCAUGGAAGAGGAAGAAGAUACAAAUAGCAGCAAUAAUUCUCCAUCGAUGUCGCGAUGCAGCAAUUGUUUGACAACAAAGACAACAGCUUGGAGGAGAGAUCAGACUGGCAAAUUAGUAUGCAAUGCUUGCGGCCUUUAUUACCGUUUACAUAGGACAAAUCGACCGGUACAUAUGCGGAAGGAUAUUAUUCAACAGCGUUUCAGACGUCGUGUCAAAGAAGAUGAUGCUGUGUCCAAUAAUCCACAGUCGGUUCUUUCAUCAUUAAUUUCCAUUUCACCUUCAGCUGCAGCUACAUUCGCACUUCUAGAGCAACAGCAUAAUACACUGCAAGGGAAUCUCAAUGGGCAGCCUUUAUUUGAGCAGCAGAAUACGUUACAGGCCCAGAAUCAAACGGCACCCAUUUGA